AUGGAGAAGUGUAGCGAGAAGACCACAGGGUGCAGGGCAGGGAAGCGGCAGCAGCAGACCGACGAGAGGAAAGCACCGCAGACGCCACGGGUCGCGGUCGCGGACCCGCGCUUCGGGGACUACCAGUGCAACGACGCCAUGAGCCUCUUCAAGCAGCAGAAGCGGGAGAAGGGCGUGCCUCCCCUGUGGAAGAGCCCCAGGGACUGCGGCGAGGCGCUGCGGGACGCGCUGCCCGAGGAGGUGAGCGGCAUGGUCGAGGAAGUGAGCGUGGCGCCACAGGGCUUCGUCACGGUCAAGCUCCGGCAGGACUGGCUCGAGGAGCAGGUCAGGGAGCUCUACCGGGGCGAGCUGCGCUUCAGGGCAGAGUCGCCGCAGAGAAUCGUCCUGGAUUACUCCUCUCCGAACAUCGCGAAGGAGAUGCACGUCGGCCACCUCCGCUCGACGAUCCUCGGGGACACGAUCGCGACGCUGCUGGAGCGCCUGGGGCACGACGUGGUGAGGUUGAACCACGUGGGCGACUGGGGAACCCAGUUCGGGAUGCUGCUGGAGUACAUGCGCAAGCAGGGCGGUGGCGCGGAGGGUGCCGAGUCUGACGACCUGGUGAUCGGGGACCUGAUGCAGUUCUACCGCAGCGCAAAGGUCGAGUUCGACAGGGACCCGGACUUCAAGGCCGCUGCCCAGGCCAACGUCGUCGCGCUCCAGUCUGGCGACCCCUGGGCGCGCAGUGCCUGGCAGCGCAUCUGCGACGCGAGCAGGUCCGAGUUCAAUGAGAUCUACGGCCGGCUAGGCAUCCGCGACCUCGAAGAGCGCGGAGAGUCCUUCUACAACGACAUGCUGCCCGCGGUGGUGGCCGAAUUGGCAGACCAGGGCCUCGUGCAGGAGGACAACGGCGCCAAGUGCAUUUUCACGAACCUGUCCGAGGCGCCCCUCAUCGUCCAGAAGGCCGACGGCGGCUUCGGAUACGACUCCACCGACUGCGCCGCGGUGCUGCACAGGCUGAAGGAGGAGAGGGCGGAGCGCGUCGUCUACGUGAUCGACAACGGGCAGGAGUCGCACAUGAGGAUGGUGUUCGACGUCGCCGAGAGAGCAGGGUGGCUUGGUGGCAGACGGCUUGACUUCAUGGGCUUCGGCCUGGUGCAGGGCGAGGACGGUAAGAAAUUCAAGACCAGAUCCGGGGACACCGUGCGCCUGCGCGACCUGCUGGACGAGGCCGCCCGACGCGCCGAGCAGGAGCUGCGGGCGCGCGUCGAGGAGCGCGGCGGGCCGAAGGACGAGGCCCAGCUGCUGGCGAACGCGGAGAAGAUCGGCAUCGCGGCAGUCAAGUAUUUCGACCUGCGGCAGAACCGCAAUUCGGACUACCGGUUCUCCUACGACGCCAUGCUGGACCCCAAGGGCAACACGGCCGUCUACGCGUUGUACGCCUACGCACGGAUGGCGACGAUGCUCCGCCGGUCUGGGCGGGAGGCGGCGGCGCUGGACGCGGGCCAGCUGCGGCUCGGCGCGCCAGCCGAGCGGGCGCUGGCGCUGCGACUGCUGCGCUUCCCGGAGGUCUUGGCCCAG